GGAACGCAGGAACUUGUGUUGGAGCCGGAUGGCAUUCAGUCCGUACUUCCUGCACCGAUUCUUCCCGAUAUUACGUUACCGGAGAAAACCACCAAGCCUGAUUUACUUUCUCGUGAUGAUCAGAGUACCGAAUCCGUGUUCGAAUCAUCAGCGUUGUUGGAUCUGAACCUCGAACCGCCAACAUUAGGCAGAGAGGAAGUAGACGAAGCUGCUGCGCUUGCAAGUGUAUUCGCAAGUAUUCCUGACGUGGCCAUGACCAGUAUGAAAUCCGUGCCUGAACAAGCGCAUGUUGAACCUGUUCCUGAAGCCGCAAGUUGUGGAGAGCAAAUUGAAUUGUUGGUCGGCUUGGAGUCAUUACAAUUGAGCCAUUCUGAAGAGCCUGAAAAUCUCCUUCUAGAAUCGUGUGCAUAUCUAGAACACGAAACAAGCUUACUUGGAGGUCGUAAAGGUCAGUCAACAGUCCUUAGCUGCUCUCCUGUGGCUGUGGGAGAAGUUGUCCUGAAUGCGGUGGAACAGACUACUACAGAAUCUGUGCAUUCUACAUCGGAGGAUUCAUCUUCAUCAUCGUUAUCAUCAUUGUUAAAGCUGGGAGAUAUUCCUCCGUUCUGGGUUCCCGAUACGGAUGCUGACACGUGUAUGAACUGUGACCUGAGAUUUACCACGUUCAAGAGACGGCAUCACUGUCAUGGGCCUGGAAACAGUGUCGAGAAUUCAACGACAGAUGAAUCCACGGACUCAGGUUCGCCAGUGCUAAGUCCGUCGCACCAAAAUGAUGCUGGUCGAUGGCCUCCAAAUCCGAACAAUCCUGCUGAAUACUGCUCCACUGUUCCACCGUGGCAGCAGGCUGAGCAAAACGCUGCACCACCUACAGUGAUGGUUCCCGUGGGUGUGUUGAAGCGGGAAGGAAGUGUCUCCUCGUCGAGUCGUGAGCCAAAGCAAGUGAUGUUUAGCGAUGGCAUCAGACCAGGUGGAGAUCUAACUGAACUGACUGAUGAGCCGGAUGGAGCAAGAGCAAGCAAUCCGCGAAGUGUUGCUCAUCAUAGAAAUCAAAGAAAGGCAGCGAAUGCUGCUGCAAAUGGACAGAGAAAAGCAAAAAGCGCAGCCGAAGGAGCUACAGCGAAACCAAAACUUCCGGGUCUUCUUAGUGCCGCCAUUACUUUUGUGCGUGGUGCUCUUCCAUUACCUCCUUUGGUUUCGUACGAUGAACAGGGAGAUUUGAAAUUGGAACAUUGUUCGGAUAAAUCAGAGCUUAUUAAUCUGUUGACUGAUCGAAGCAGAGGACCAGUAACGUUCGCCCUGACGAAAAAUCUCCACGUUCACGUAAAAAUCGUCAACCUCUCAUGCUGUGUGUCUCGUGAGUGCUGGUGCUUCCUUACUAGUGGUAUGCAAGCAGCAGCGCAAGACGAAAUUAUGGUCUUACUUGAACGAUUGCCCGAAGAAGACGACAUUCCAAAAGAUAUUUUCCACCAUUUCCUCGAAAUAUAUGAACGCAGUUCCAAGGGACAUUUUGUGAUGGCUUUAGGGCAUACCUUGCUGAACCAAGGAGCAAAUCAUGGACAAAAGUUAACGUUCUUGGGCUCCACGGAUCACGGAGGUUUUCUUUACAUCAAACCGACUCUCCAGUGUUUAAAAAACCUUCUUCUGCCUCCUCCUGGAACUCCUUACGUUGUUGGACUUUUGCUCCAAAAGUGGGAAUUGCCGUGGGCGAAAAUUUUACCACUGAGACUUGCCCUGCGAUUGGGUGCGGAAUUCCGGUACUACCCAUGCCCGCUGUUCUCCGUGCGAAAUCGGAAGUCUUUAUUUUGCGAACUCGGCCACACAAUGAUCAAACUUUUGGCGGAUUUCCGGAAUUAUAAAUUCACCGUUCAAACUGUCCCCGGACUUGUCAUUCAUAUGGAAGAGAAGCAGACGUCUGUGCGAAUUCCAAGGAACAGGUAUGAUCUGGUGAUGAAGGUGAUACGUGAUAGUGACGAACACGUACUUGCAUUUGCCGGUAAUUUUUCGGUUGAUGCAGACUCACACUUGGUGUGUAUUCAAAACGACGACGGAAAUUAUCAAACUCAAGCCAUCAAUAUUCAGAACAUGCCGAGAAAAGACGAAGCGAGUGCCUUGCGAGAAAUGAACGAUUUCGAAGUUGGUUGUGGGCCUCUGGCCGAUGCAGACCCCGAUGAACUCGUAGUGAUCCAAUGGGGAUCUGACGACAAGGCCGUGAAUAUGGGAUCCAACGGAAUGCAAAAAUUUUUGCGACACUUGAGUGAGUUGAAUAAUCAUGGAAAAGGACGUAGACUCGUUGAGUGUUCGAUUAGAGAGGACGAGACUUCUUCUAGUGGCAUCUAUUCAGAAAUGAUUGCGGGUGGAGAGCUGCAAAUGCGAGCGUAUGUUGUCAGUCCCAUUGACGGCCUUUCGUUCGAAGGCGUGAAAUCUGUUAGAAUUCCGUCUGGAACAGAUUACCUCGGUGAGACCCGGCUUGUGCGAUGGACAGAAUUGUUCUUGUUGCGGGUGGAUGAAGGCGAUGGUCCAUGGUCCGAGCCGUUGAACAUCAGUCGAAUGGCAGAAGGCAUCAGUCGUGCCACGUGUUUCGCUCUUAUCCCUCAUCUGGAUGUGUUGAAGAGAUCCGGGUUUUCAAGAAUUGGAUUGCGUGCGACGAUUGAUGUGGAAAAUGUUUGUUACGAAGUGGGUGGUCAACGCAUGCGACUUCCGCCGUCGGUCAUGAACGAUAUGGAUUCCGAGCUCAUUCCCAUCAUUCACAGAACUGCAGCUUCGUCGCAGAAUGCUCCAUCAAUCACUCUGGAGCUAAUUUUUCACAUCAUGGAUCAAUAGUGCGAAAGCCGCGAAGAAGCAAAUUCUGAAAAAUCAGCAGACUUCGGAAAAAACUUCUUGCAAGAGCCACGUGGAUAUCUGUAAAUUUGUAUUUUUACUCUUCGAGGCAAGAAAAACGGUGGAUCAUCUGGAGACGAUCGCUGCGUGUGUACCAUACGAGAAAUUUCCUCAGGUAUUCUCGUAGAUAGAAGCGAUCCGGGAGUUUUUUUUUUUUUAAUCUGGACAGUUUUUGUGAGAUCUACUUGAUAUGGUUUAAUGCGAUUUUUUUCGAAAGCCAGCGAAAGAUUCAUAUUUUUGAGUGAGUCAUAUUUUCUCCAGUGGACGUCAGUUACGUGUGACGUGUCAUCUGGGAUUUAGUCAAAAUUUAUCGUUGGGGAAUGAGGAUGAUAUUAAAAGAAAUUCAUAUUUCA